AUGGAGCACGCCGAGAACAAUGAACUCGAUACAAAGCUUCAGACAGUACACAAUGACCCAAUAUUCAGCGACCCUGAUUACCAAGCGAAGGAAAAGAAGAUGGUCCGUACGCUGGACUUGACUCUGCUUCCAAUGCUCUGGAUCUUGUACCUUUUCAACUACCUUGACCGAACAAAUGUUGCACAGGCCAGGUUGAACACCUUCGAGGCGGAUCUUGGAAUCAAUGGCAGCCACUACAGUACUGCCGUCGCUGUCCUAACAGCAGGGGUCCGCCCAGGCGUCUACCUACCGUGCUGCGCACUGCUUUGGUCCGGAGUCUCUGCUUCAACAGCUGCAGCCAACGACUUUGGCUCGCUUAUUGCUGUUAGGUUCAUACUGGGCAUUGUCGAAGCUCCUCUCUUCCCUGGUGCCGUGUACCUCAUGUCCAGCUGGUAUACCCGUUCUGAACUUGCCUUGCGUACGGCCAUCCUAUAUUCUGGUUUGGUUCUUGCCCAAGCCAUCUCGGGUCUCAUCGCUGCUGGAGUUUUCUCUGGUCUACACGGUGCCCAGGGCCUUGCUGGCUGGCAAUGGCUGUUUAUCAUUGAAGGCGCCAUCGGUGGCGCUCUUGCGCUGCUCGCCUUUUUCAUGCUGCCAGACUAUCCUCACUCGAAGACAGGCUCCGCUGCCAAGUGGAGCAUGUCCGAAGAACUCCGUCACCUUGCGGCAGUCCGCAUGGCUGCCGACCGAGUAUCAACUGCUGAGGAGGAGCAGACUGUAUGGAAUGGCCUCAAACUUGCCGUCACUGACUACAAGACUUGGGUCUUCGUCGUCACCAACAUUUGCAUGACCUCGAGCUACGGCUUCAACAAUUUCUUCCCCACCAUCGUCAGUGGUUUCGGCAUCGGCUCACGCACAGUUUCUCUACUUAUGACAGCGCCGCCCUAUAUUGUCGGUGCCAUCAUGUCCUUCGUCGUAGCGUUUAGCUCCGACCGUCGAAAGGAGCGCGGCUACCAUAUCAGCGCCAACGUCGCCAUGGCCAUUGUUGGAUUCAUCAUCUCUGUUUCGACGAUUAACGCUCCUGCUCGCUACGUCGCGUCAUUCCUUUACACUACCGGCUCUUUCUCUGCGAAUGCAUUGGUUUAUACAUGGGCUGUCUCGACACUUUCGCAGACGCCCGAGAAGCGCGCUGCUGCUGGUGCUAUUGUGAACAUCAUGGGCCACAUUGGUAACAUUAUCUCGCCUUAUUUCUUCGUUGAUUCGCACGCACCUAGGUAUACGAUGGCCAUGAUUUUGAUGAUGAGCUUCGGAGCUUGCACAAUCGUCUUGGCGAACGUUCUGAAGUGGCUCCUGCGCAAGGAGAACAGGAAGCUGUUGGUUGAAAGUGAGGCUGCUGGCCGUGUCUACAACCCGUACACUACCUAA